AUGGCCUCUAUGGAUAACACUCGUCCUUUCAUUGGUUACAACUUCGGUGUUUAUUCUAUGCGGUUUAGAGGGAUUGAUUCUGUCAUCUCGAGGCGGAAGAAGGGCAGCAAUGCGGGAGAUUUUAAAUCUACGGACUCGCAAGCAGACUACGCAACCUCAAGAGGCGCAAUGGAUGCUGUCGCGAUGUUCGUUUGCACAUUCCUUCUUUUUUUGCAGACACCGACAUGGGUCCAAUUGAUCUCCUAUGGUAGUAUCGCUAUUGCGAGUACACUCGCCGUAUUCAAACUUUGCAGUACUAUCAAUAUCAAAGCCGAUCUACCACAAGUGGAGAUUACGGAGGACGACAAUCACGAACUCGAAGAUUAUAGUGCGACGAGGAAGCUACUGGAUAAUGAGGAAAUCAGCAUUAGGAGGAAGAAAUCGCGCCUGCAAGGGAGCUACUACAGCUUUACAUUGAAGCUGUGGAUUCUAUUUGCCAGCCUACUCGGGACAAAGUUACUGUUGGAACGGCCUUCGCAUAAUACACAGAUCGACCAAAUAACCGCCAACAUCCAUUCCGAUACGGCCCUUCCUAAAAACGCGAGUAUGGACAUUGUUGUCAGUUACUUUAAGGAAAAUGUCAACGGUGUCGAAAAGUUACUUCAGGAACUUAGAGAAAUCGAACAGCUUCGAGUCCUGGAACCUAAUGUCAUCAUCUACACCAAGAACAAUGAAAGCGAUGUACAAGAAUUACAAAGACGCUUUGCAGCUCACGAGGUCAGAAUACUACCAAACGAAGGUAGAGAAGGAGGAACCUAUCUGCGCCACAUCAUAGAUCGAUACGACACUCUCGCAACUCACACACUUUUCAUCCAAGCCGAACCACAUUCUAAGUCCCGGCUAAUUAGUCGUAUCAAGCUUUAUUUCGACCCAUCCCGGACUGGCAUGCUAGACCUCGGUUAUCGGGAGCUCAGGGGGUGUAAGUGUCUAGAUUGUCGAGACGAAUACAGUUGGAGGGAUGUUACGGGGCUCGUUCCGGACCUUAUGGCGCAAGCACAUCAUAUCAAGUGUGAUGAGAACACGCAAGUGGCCACAUCAUACAAAGGGCAAUUCAUAGUUUCUUCUAAGAGGAUUCGGGCAGCCAAGAAAGCGCUCUAUGAGAAUCUCAACGAAAAGCUUGUUGGGGAGAAUAGAGUGGUAAUCGGUAACCCACUGGAAGAUAGGAUAGACGCACCCUUUUUUGGGUAUAGUCUUGAGAGGAGUUGGGCCGUUCUUUUCCAAUGCGCUGAUUUAACAGCAAUGAGGGAUAUGUGUCCCGGUCUCACCCUACUACCGAAGGGAUUUGGAGAUUUUCAGAAGGCACAGCCAGAAGAUUGUGGAUGUUUAGAUAUCUGA